GCCAAAAUAAAAACAAAAAAUAAAAAAGCCAAAUAAUAAGAAAACCCCAAAACCAAAACGAAGAGAGAGAACCAAAUCUCUCUCUCCCUCCGAUCAGAUCGGGCACCCUCUGUCUGAAUCCCAACACACAGCACAGAAUUUCGAUUCCUUUCUUCCUCUCAACAUUUCAAUUCUCAAACUUUCAAAAUAUUUCCCCAUUCCUAUCAAUUCGAUUUUUUGUUGCACUGUUUCCGUUCCCAAUUUCUGCGAUCUGGGAAAUUUCAUGUGAUAUUAGGGUUUGGGGUCGUCUGAUUCGGGUUCAUUGCGACGGUGAUGGCGAUUUGCACGUUGAGGUUUUGAAUUUGUUGAUAUCCUUUUGUUCUAGAUCGUUCGUCGUUCUCUAAUGGCGUCGGCUCAGGUGCUGCCAAAUUCCGGCGCUUCGUCGCGGAAGCAAGAGCAUCUUGAAGCUGGCAAGCGCCGGCUGGAGGAGUUUCGUAAAAAGAAAGCUGCAGAGCGGGCCAAGAAGACUGCAUCGUCUAGCCAAGUUCACAAUUCUGAUGCUAGUUUGAAUAAAAAACAAUCUUUUGAAGUUGAAAAUGUACGUGUGAAUGAGUUGGAUGGAGUUACCACAUCUGAUGGUGUUGGAGGGGCUGUUAUUGGCAAUUCAACUUUGGGGACAAGUGAUGACAAGACCCUGAAUCUGUUUAGCCAAAGUAGUAAUCAAGGGUCUUUGGCUGGUAGAGCUUUUCUUGCAAGGAAUGAUCUUAAUAAAUCAUCUCCAAAUCUGGUGGAGGCACAUUCCAAUAUUGAUGAAGGUAAGAGAUAUAGUGCUUCUUCUGUUACUGCAUCAGCAGAUUUUAGUCAAAACAAUGAGACAAAUAAGCUGAAUGAUAUAUAUGGAAUUCAUGCCGUUGGUGUUGAUGGAAUUCCAUAUGGGACACCAAACCACCAAAGAAUUCCUCUACGCUCGCAAGAAAGUCAAGAGUUUGAUAGUAAUGCUAGUCAAUCUAGUCUUCAUUGGAUGAAUGACAACCAGUCAAACAAGAGUAACAAUUCUGUGAAGGAUUAUGCGGUUACUGAUAAUUUCUCUUCGUAUUUUUCUUCAAAAAUCACACCUCAGAACUCUGUGGAUGCUCUACAGCAAAUGAAGCCAACAAAUUCUAGCUCUUUAGAUAGUGGCUACUCACAUAGUUUGCUUUCUGGAGGUAUCAAUGAUUCUUUCAGUUCCAAGUUUAGAGAAACAGUUACUAGCUCCGAUAAUAAUCCACCUAGUCGUCAUGGUGCAACUAUGCCAAAAUAUGAUUCCACAGGUUAUGAAGCAAGAAAUUCUUCUAAUCAUACACCAAUACAUUCAAUGUCAACGGAAUCUAGUUCUAGGAGGUCCCGUCCAUCUUUUCUUGAUUCUCUUAAUGUCACCAGACCUUCUUCGGGGUCUCCAUUUCAUCAAUCUGAGCAAGAUUCCUCUAUGUCCAAUCAUUUUGAAUCAAGCAACAAUGAUAUAUCAGAAUCUGCUUUUUUCCGCAAGCCAUCUGAAGAGACUAAAACUGUGCCACUUUUCCCCAAAUUUACAACUGCAACUGUUCAUAGUCCACUUGAACACUUGACAACCCCUUCAGUUGUUGAUAAUGACAAUCAAGGUGCACUGAUGAUAAGUGCCAAGGAAAAUGGCAUGGAGAAGAAGCAUGAUUAUUACUCACCUUCACAAAAUGAAGACUUUGCUGCUUUAGAACAGCAUAUUGAAGAUCUAACAAAAGAGAAGUUUUCUUUGCAACGCGCUCUUGAAGCUUCUCGAGUGUUAGCAGAGUCACUAGCUACUGAAAAUUCAACCCUGACUGAUAAUUAUAAUCAACAGAGAAGUGUUGUCAACCAAUUAAAAUCAGACAUGGAGAAGUUACACGAAGAUGUCAAAGCUCAUCUGGUUGAGCUUGAGUCUAUCAAGAGUGAAUAUACAAAUGCACAACUAGAAUGUCAUGCAGCUGAUGAGCGUGCCAAGUUAUUGGCAUCUGAAGUUAUUGGUUUAGAGGAGAAGGCACUCAGACUAAGAUCCAGUGAGCUAAAGCUUGAGAAGCAGCUGGAAAAUGCACAAGCAGAAAUUUCUUCAUACAGAAAGAAAAUAUCUAGCCUAGACAAAGACCGCCAGGAUUUGCAGUCAACCAUCGAUGCUCUUCAAGAGGAAAAGAAGAUGUUGCUAUCUAAGCUGCGAAAGGCUUCAGGAACUGGAAAGUCUAUUGAGAGUCAAACAAGUAAAAGGGAUAUUUCUACUUCUACAGAGGAUUUAGCAAAUGAAGAUCCUGCUUCUAACACUUCCAACCCUGAAAUCAAUGAUAAUGCCGCUGAGGCCUCUAGUUUGUCCUUAGUUCCUGAAACUAGUCGCUCAUCCUUUGGAGUUUCUCCUGUGAAUAUUCCUCACGACCAGAUGAGAAUGGUUGCGAACAUUAAUGCACUUAUUUCCGAGCUGGCAUUGGAGAAAGAAGAAUUGAUUAAAGCCUUGGCUUAUGAAUCAUCCGAGUCUUCCAGGAUGAAGGAAAUAAAUAAGGAGUUGUCCCGAAAACUAGAGGUCCAGACACAAAGAUUAGAGCUUUUGACUGCUCAAAGCAUGAUCAAUGAAAAUAUUUCUGCUAAACAACCAGAUUCUCGUGCAUCGUAUGAGAACACCCAAUAUGCAGAUGAGGGUGAUGAGGUUGUGGAAAGGGUGUUGGGAUGGAUUAUGAAGCUCUUUCCUGGUGGACCUUCAAGACGGAGAACCAGCAAACUUCUUUGAUUGGAUUUACAGUGGACUUGUAUUUGUUGUCACCAAAGUCUUACACAGCUGCUAUGAUGGGUCAUGAAGCUGUUUCCCCCAGUAUGCCACCAAGGUAAAGAAAGAAUCAGCACAUUUCAACCCCAGACCCUCGAGUAACAUAUCAAAGUCUACUGAGUUGCUUUUUGUUCUUGAAACCUCCUCUUAACACAGUGGAGGUCGCGAUCUGUAAAUUUUGAGUGAAUUAUACAACAAAUUCUUGAAAAGAAAUGACUCUCUUCUGGGCUGCUGCUGCUGCUUAUUGAUUGGUGAAUUUCGGCUGCAAUUAUUUUGGAAGAUGACAAUAAAAUAUGUUCUGCGGUUUUAUCACUUUGAUUGAAUUCCAAAUUUUGUGGGUAUAGUAGUAUUUGGCUAUGGGAAGACUGUACCUAGAAGCCUAGUGGGGGAGACGAGAUCAAUUGUUACAAAAAAGCAUGAGAUUUUAUAACAUUUGUUGAAUGUAUAUUCUAGAUAGAAGUGCAAAAGAUGAUAUAUUGAUAUGAUUUCAUGAGAUAACUUUCCAGCACCUAUUUAUGACCAUACCCAAUUUGGGAAGUUCAUACUAUUCAUAUUGUAUAAUGCUUUUCCUUUCAUACAAUUCAUGGGAGGAGUAGUUUUAGACACAUAAAUAUAAAUGUGUGUGCAACUUAAAAAUGAAAUAUGAAUGUGAUAUAUUUUACUGGUGGCA